AUGGCUCCACGCACAGAGUUCAGCAUCGAUCAAUUGCGCAACAAGGCUCGCAAGGACCUGCUUUACUUGCUCGAGGGUGUUCGGGGUAAGAAGAAUGUGGUUCUUGAUCGCAGCCUCGUCGGUCCGGUUGGGACCAUCGUCAAAGUCUCGACACUCCAGGAGUACGGCGUCGAUAAGUUUUUCGUCCUCGAGAACGACAAUGUCGACUCGACGCAGAGCAACGUGGUGUUCAUCGCGCGAGGAGAAUGCGGGCGUCAUGCAGAGACGAUAGCAGCUCAAAUAAAGCGGGUGCGACGCGAAAGCCAGAUUGGCCACGAGUUCCACAUCUUCUGGGUUCCACGGCGAACGCUAGUAUCUGAUCAGUUGCUCGAGGAGGCUGGUGUCCUAGGUGAUGUUAACGUGUCGGAGCUGCCGCUUUCGUUCUUCCCUCUUGAGAAGGAUGUCUUGUCACUCGAAUUGGACGAUGCAUUCCAAGAUCUAUAUCUCUCGAAAGAUAUUACACCAAACUUCCUCGUGGCAAGGGCCCUCAUGGACAUACAGACCAGCCACGGGCUGUUCCCGCGGAUAACAGGCAAAGGAGACAACGCCAAGCGAGUUGCUGAUCUGCUUGUGCGCAUGCGACAGGAGGCUCUCGCUGGCGAAGACUCAACCGAGGCCAGUCGAGCGGGACUGACACCGAGUACAACGAACGAAGGUGUCAUUAUCAUUGAUCGCGAGGUCGAUUUCGUGACGCCAUUGCUCACGCAACUUACAUACGAAGGUCUGAUCGACGAAGUUUUUAAGAUCCAGAACAACCAGACCAAGGUAGACACGACAAUUGUGGGAGCGCAGGCCCAGUCCUCUGCAACAACGUCACAAGCCCGCCAGCAAACCGUUCAACUCGAUUCGAGCGAUAACCUAUACGACCAAUUGCGUGAUGCUAAUUUCGCCAUUGUCGGUUCAUUGCUGAACAAAGUCGCUCGCCGGCUAGCUGAGAUGCAGUCAGACUACGAGGGAAAGCAUAAACAAAAGAGUAUCGCGGAGCUUAAGGAAUUUGUCGGACAGCUUCCGGCUUAUCAACAAGAACACCGAAGCGCACGCAUUCAUGCAGGCCUAGUAGAAGAGAUCAUCAAGCAUACUCGCAGCGACCAAUUCAGAGGUUUGCUCGAGGUACAGCAGAAUCUCGCAGCUGGUGCAGACCCCUCUACGCAGUUGGAGCGUAUCGAGGAACUAGUGGCGCGGAAUGCACCUCUCCGCGAAACCCUGAGAUUACUCUGCAUCUACUCGUGCAUAUCGGGGGGUAUCAAGCCUCGAGAUUUUGAUCACUUCCGAAGAUUGAUCCUGCAAGGAUAUGGGCAUCAGCAUCUGCUGACGCUGAACAACCUGGAGAAGCUGCAGCUCUUCUUGUCGCGAUCCUCUUCACUGGCCAACAUGAUACCCGUCACAGGCAAUGCUGGCAAUGGCGAUGGAACCAAGACCAACUACUCGUAUCUACGUAAACAGCUGCGGCUCAUCGUGGACGAGGUACAGGAAGACGACCCGAACGACGUGGCCUACGUUUAUAGCGGCUACGCUCCGCUGUCUAUACGACUCGUGCAGUGUGUCCUUCAGAAGCAGUACUUAUUGAACGCGACAAAGGGUGGCACUGGCGGCGGGUCUGGCGGUGUGGCCUCGGGCGUAGGUUCGCAGGGCUGGCAUGGGUUCGACGAUGCAGUGAAGCAUGUUCGCGGAGCGACUUUCUACGAGCACCAGAAAGGCGAGGACAAGGCCGUCAAAGCGCGGGCUUUGUUGUCUGGAAACGGGAGCCGGCAGACGGUGUUCGUGGUUUUCGUGGGUGGUAUCACGUUCACUGAGAUUGCUGCCCUGCGCUUCAUCGCAAAGCAAGAAGAGGGCCGGCGCAACAUCGUCAUAUGUACGACCUCGAUCAUUAGCGGAAACCGAAUGAUGGAUGCGGCCCUCGAGACAGGCUCCUUCGCGAAAGAGCAGCCGGUCGACGCUUCGGCCUCGACGUCGUCUUUACUAUCGGAGAUCGACGUCGAUGCAUUGUCCGACAUCCGAUCCGUGAAUAUCGACAGUGACGAGGACAUGGAUGACGUGGGAUACGAUGAUGUAGACGGCGGAGAUGGCAAUGAGGCUCUGGGAAUGGACUCAUCAGCCAUGGACAUCAGCGGCAACGAGAACGAGGAAGGUGACAAUUCGCACACCAGCAAUCUCGCACCCCAGAACUCGGUCGACGGUGUCAUAGACUCAUUCGGGUCGUCUUAUUCGGACAUUUCAGAUAUAUCUUCGGUGCCGUCAGACAUCUCCAGCAAGGCUACAACCCCUGUAGAUGCAGAGGGCGCUGAGGAUCAUCGGGAGGACGAGGAGGAGGACGGCGACGACGACGCAGAGAGCCGCGAGGACACUGCUCAAACCCCUACCACCACGUACCGCCCGUCUUACCACCACGAUAUCGACCGCCUCGCCUUCAAUGUCCGUGCGAAAUCAUCGAUCCCUACCGAUAUUCCCUCACAGCAGUAUGCCUCCGAAUGUAUCUGGGCCGCCGAGACGUCGAGACUCAAUCCAUAUGCUCUGCAUCCGGAGGAGUAUCUCCUGUUUCGGCAUCACAUUUCACACGCUCAAGUAACGACGUACCUCAAUAUCCGCAACGGCAUUUUGCGUCUAUGGUUAAAAAACCCUUCCACAGGCGUCACGCGCAAGGCUGCCAUAGGAUGCGCCAAUGCUCGUUGGUUUGACGCUGCAAGUGUAUGCUAUGACUGGCUUCUUCGGAGGGGUCACAUCAACUUUGGUUGUGUGAACGUCCCCAGUUCAGGCCGUUCCUUCUCCGGGGAACCCCCGGCCAAGAAGGCCAAGACUGUCGCUGUGAUCGGGGCUGGCUUCUCAGGCCUUAGUUGUGCCCGGCAGUUGGAGUGUCUCUUCAAACAAUAUGCUGAUCGCUUCCAUGACCGCGGGGAGGAGCCACCUCGUGUGGUUGUGCUUGAAGGCCGAAGCCGGGUCGGCGGUCGAGUAUAUUCUAGAGAAUUCAAAACACGUCCAAAGCAAAACAAUCCGGCCUUUGCGAACAGGCGGCAUACAGCUGAGAUGGGUGGCAUGAUCAUUACCGGAUUCGACAGAGGCAACCCGGUGAAUGUCUUGGUCAGAGCUCAGCUUGGCCUGUCGUAUCGUGCGCUCACGCCUGAUACGACAAUUUACGACAGUAAUGGGGAGGCGGUCGACAUAGAUCGGGAUCAACAGGCCGAACAGCUCUACAACGACUGUUUGGACAGGGUGAGCGAGUUCAAGCACCUUUCACAGCCCUCCAAACUCAUUGAGGGCAACAGUGACCUCAUCGAGGAGGGACGUGACAGUCCUGGCGACGGUAGCAGGACGAUCAUGCAGGCUGAGAAAGCAGCUGCCGCGUUACCCCAUGCAUUACCCGUCUCAAAGCAGAGUGUGCCGGAUAAGGUGAACAUGGUACCCGUCUCUUCUGACAGGGUGACUGGCCGCGUCCAUAUGCAGCCUGGUGUUGCCGCAACACUCAAAGCUUCAGAGAAAGUAAAGAUGAUGGGGUGGAAAGUCAAGGCUGGUUCUCUCGAGAACGACAGUAUUGACUUGACAGACGCUGCUCAAAAGCAUGAUGCCACACUUGGCUCCGUUCUCGACCACACAAUAACGCAAUACCAGAACUUUGUGGACCUCAGUCCUCUGGAUCUGAGACUUCUCAACUGGCAUAUCGCCAAUCUUGAGUACAGCAACGCAACCAACCUUCAUAUGCUCAGCCUCCCUCUUUGGGACAUUGACGCUGGCAAUGAAUGGGAAGGAGCACACACAAUGGUCGUCGGUGGAUAUCAGAGUGUCGCCCGUGGAUUACUGCAAUGCCCAGCUCCACUCGACAUCAGGAUGCAGCACCCUGUUGAAUCAAUCAACUACAACAGUGCUGAUCCUCAGGAAGGUUACGCCACAAUCGUGUGCGAAAAUGGGACCGUUGUGGAGGCUGACAGUGUUGUGUGCACAAUACCACUCGGUGUUCUCAAGCGAAACACUAUCAAAUUUGAACCUCCGUUGCCCUCGUGGAAGCAGGGCGUCAUCGAUAGGCUUGGGUUCGGAAUCUUGAACAAGGUUGUGCUGGUGUAUAACAAGAUCUUUUGGGGGGCUGAUCGAGACAUUUUUGGCGUUCUUCGAGAUGCCCCUGCCCGUCGCAGCACUUCCCAGCAAGACUACGGCUACAACCGCGGCCGCUUUUUCCAAUGGUUCAAUGUCACGCAUACUACGGGUUUGCCGUGUCUCGUUGCGCUGAUGGCAGGCGACGCUGGUUUCAACACUGAGUGUACGGACAAUUACGCUCUGGUCUCUGAAGCUACCAGUGUCCUACGCGGUAUCUUCGGCAAGGAUGUACCAUAUCCUGUUGAAGCUGUGGUCACCAGAUGGGGCUCUGAUCGCUUUGCCAGGGGCAGCUACUCAUCAGCUGCACCUGGUAUGAAACCAGGCGAUUACGACGCCAUGGCCCGGCCCAUUGGCAAUCUGUUCUUUGCUGGCGAGCAUACUAUCGGCACACAUCCUGCUACGGUGCACGGAGCAUACCUGUCGGGCCUGCGAGCUGCUUCUGAGGUCCUGGAGGAAAUGCUUGGUCCGAUUGAGGUGCCGACGCCACUGGUCCUCCCCAAAGACUCACUACUCCUUCAUAAGCGGAAUCAAUCGGCUCUUGAUCCACGCCGGGCUCGUUUGGAAUCUUACGAGCUGGAUGUUUGGGCUCAUGUCCGCUCCAAGAUUGGAGAGCGACCUGUGCCUCCUCCCAGGGGCGCCGUGACUGCCUUCAGCUUGUACAGCAGGCAGCACUACGAUGAGGUGAAGGCAAAGUGCAAGACGAAUCGCAAGCCAGGCAAGAAUCGUUCCAUUGGCAACGAGGUCCGGAUGAAGUUAGCCAAGAUGUGGAAGGCGACAUCGCCAGAUGAGCGCGAGCCAUUUGAAGAGCAGAUCGCCGAGAGCAAACGUCUCCAUGCCGAGGCCAUGCAGAGGCAUAACCAGCUCUGCGAGAAAUGGGACCAAGAGGCUUCAGAGCUGCGGAGCGCAUAUGAGAAAGAGAAUCCCAGUGUGCCCGGACCAGAGGAGCUGGACAGCGAGAGCUCGACUCCCAACAAGUUCCGACGUGCAAAGCCCGUGAGCUAUGCCGAGAGCUGA